AUGAGUGUAUUGAUUGUCGCUUUUCUUGUAUUUGUUAUCACUUAUAUUGCUCAUUUCUAUUGGAAAGUUAGCAAGUAUCCCAAGGGACCAUUUCCACUUCCACUAAUUGGGAAUGUUUUACAGUUUCCCGACAAAAACAUCCAUAUCUACUUUGAUGAGCUUGCGAAAACUUAUGGACCAUGCUUCACUCUCUGGACUCCACUCCCAGCAGUAGUCAUCACUGACUAUGACUACCUAAAAGAUGCAUUUGUAACCCAAGGAGAAGCAUUCAUCAUGCGCGCUGAACGGCCACCAGAAACGCUAUUGCAACCACAUAUCAACACUGGAGUCUUAGCAUCGAGUGGAGAAAAUUGGAGACUUCAGAGAAGAACAUCUUUGAAGAUCCUUCGUGACUUUGGUCUGGGUCGAAACUUGAUGGAAGAGCAAGUAAUGAGAUCUGUUCACGAAAUGCUUCACCAAAUUGAAAACAUCACUGACAAGAAGAAGGUAGACAUGUUCUGGCCAAUCCAACUUUGUGUUGGAAAUGUUAUCAAUGAGAGUUUAUUCGGAUACCAUUACAAAUACGAAGAUGCUGAUCGAUUCAAAACAUUUGUCCAGUACCAAGGAUUUAUCGAGGAAGAAGUUGCCAGUCAAAUCAAAGAGUAUGAUGGGGAAAGUGAACCGGAUAAUUUUGUUCAUGCGUACAUGCAACAAAUGAAACAAACUGGAAAUCCCGGAUUAGAUAUGCCAAACCUUUGUGCUUCUGUUUUGGACUUCUGGCUUGCUGGUAUGGAGACUACAUCGAAUUCCCUUCGUUGGCAUCUUGCCUACAUGAUGAAGUACCCUGAAAUUCAAGAUAAUGUCCGUAAAGAGAUCUUCGAAGUCGUUGGAGCAUCUCGAUUGCCAUCAAUGUCCGAUAAACCUAAUAUGCCUUACACACAAUCGGUUAUUCAUGAAGUACAAAGACAUUCCAAUAUGAUCCCAAUGCUGGGAAGUCACACUAAUACCGAAGAUAUCAUUGUGAAAGGCCAGAACGUGCCAACAGGGACAGUUAUCUUUGCUCAAGUCUGGUCAAUUUUGAAAAAUGACUCAGUAUUCGACGAGAGUCACAAGUUCAACCCAAGCCGGUAUCUGCAAGCUGACGGAAAAACGUUGAACAAAGCAGUCCUAGAAAGAACAAUCCCAUUCAGUAUAGGAAAAAGGAACUGUGUCGGAGAAGGACUGGCCCGUAUGGAGUUGUUCUUAAUUUUCAGCGCCCUUAUUCAAAAAUAUGAGUUUGUGCCAAACGAUAACGUAGAUUUGACUCCAGUUUGGGGAGGUGUACUCACUUCCAAGCCUUAUACGUGCCAACUGAUUCCUCAAGCUUUUCCCGGUCAAAACAUUCAUAUCUACUUUGAUGAUCUUUCAAAAACUUAUGGACCAUGCUUCACUCUCUGGACUCCACUUCCAGCAGUAGUCAUAACUGACUACGACUACUUGAAAGGUGCGUUCGUAAACCAAGGUAAAUAUUAUUCAUUUCUCUUUCUGAAAUUGCUGAGAAAUUUUCUUUUGACGAUCCUUCGUGACUUUGGUCUUGGCAGAAACUUAAUGGAAGAACAAGUAAUGAGAUCUGUUCACGAAAUGCUUUAUCAAAUUGGAAACAUCACUGACAAGAAGAAGAUUUUGAGCAUUAACAACAAGCAGUUGUUGAGAGGAAAAUGUGUAGUAUGCAAAACGAAAAAAUGCAAAAUAAUUCCCAAUUCAAAAAGUGGAGGUACUUUAAAAUCCAUCAAACCCUCUACCAAAGAAACUAAAAAAUCGGAAAUCAAACUAGACGAUGCAUAUUACAACCCUGAAACUGGAUUUUGUGGAAUCAAUGAACUACAAAGAAAAACUAAAAAGCCAAUUGAAGAAGUAAAGCGAUUUCUGAACGAACAAGACGUCUACACUCUUCAUAAACCAGCUCGUAAAAAUUUCAAAUCUGAAAGAGUUUAUGUUCACAAUAUUGAUGAGCAAUGGCAAUCAGAUCUUGUUGAAAUGAUACCGUAUGCAGAAGAGAACAACGAUUUCAAAUAUCUUCUCACUGUCAUAGACUGUUUCAGUAAGUAUGCCUGGGUUAUCCCUCUGAAAACAAAGACUGGAAAAGAAACUGCAAGCGCUCUACAAACGAUUUUCAAACACAGAAAACCUCAAAAAAUGCAGACUGAUAAUGAUAUUCGCCAUUUCUCAACUUAUUCCGACAAAAAGGCGUCUAUUAUAGAAAGAUUUAAUAGAACUCUCAAAGAAAAAAUGUGGAAGAUGUUUACCUAUCAAGGUGAUCAUAAAUGGACAAAAAUAUUGGACAAACUAGUUUCUGGAUAUAAUAACCACUUUCAUCGAGGAAUAAAAAUGACUCCUAUUGAGGCUUCAAAAACAGAGAAUGUGCAAAAAGUACACGACAAUCUUUUUCCUUCGAAAAAGCUGUUUGAGGAAUCCCCCAAAUCCAAGUUUAAAAUAGAUGACACUGUCAGAAUCACAAAAUACAAAGCUGUUUUUGCUAAAGGUUAUCUCCCCAACUGGAGUACAGAGAUGUUUAAAAUUUCUGAAGUGCAUCCAGGUGAAGUUAUCAGUUAUUCUAUUCGGGAUUUAGCAGACGAAGAAAUCAAAGGAAAGUUUUAUGAAGAAGAGCUAACAUUCUUCAACAACGUAAACGAUGAGCAUAAAAUUGAAUCGAUAUUAAAACGUAGAACAAGGAAAGGACAGAAAGAAUUGUUUGUCAAGUGGUAUGGUUAUCCUGAUAAAUUCAAUUCUUGGAUCCCUGACACUAAUCUCAAUUAA